UUCAGUAGGUGGCGAUAAAUGCACCUUUCAGUUGGCCGCCAUUAAAAGCAAAAGAAGAAGAAGUAGAGGUUUGCAUGUUGUAUCCGUCAGCAGGAGUAGAGACGGUGUACUCCCCCUGUGUGUUCGGUAUAUUUGAAGAGUUCGGUAAUGUCUGGUUCCGUGUCGGUACCGGAGCAGUGCCUGCCGAAGCUGCAGCAGUUGAAGCGGUUCGUGUCAGAGCGUCUGUCUGCAGCAGCCCUGGAGAUCAUCGACGCGGUGGAGAGGACGAUGAUGGACAUCCAGGAGGAAGUUCGGACCGGCAACAAACAAGAUGGCGGACAGCCGCGGAACGCCUCACCUGUGGCCGAGUGGCAGGACGGACAUCCAGAGGUGCAGACUGUAUUUUACCCAAAUUUCUAUGAAGGUGGGUCUGAACAGGAGGAGGAGGAUGAGGAGGAGUUUAAAGGUGAGGAAGAAGAAGAAGAUGGAAAUGACCAGGAUCCAGACUUCAGUCUUCAGCAGAGUGACGAUGCAGCAGAUGAGGAGCUGGCUUUGUCCCAGAUUGGCAGAGACGAACCAAACAGGGAGAGCAAGAGGUCUGCUGACGGUGAUGUGAAAGUGAAGAAGACAUAUCCGUGUGAUGUGUGUUCGAAGAGCUUCGACCGGCCGUGUCGUCUGCAGAUCCACCAGAGGACACACACAGGUGAGAGGCCGUUCCAGUGUCCCGACUGUGACAAGAGCUUCAGGAGCAAAGCACUGCUGUCGGCGCAUGAGAGGACGCAUAGCGGUGAGCGGCCGUUCUGUUGUCAUGACUGCGGGAAGUGUUUCCUUCACAACCAGGCGCUGGUGGAGCACUUGCGAACCCACAGUGGAGAGCGGCCGUUCAGCUGUCAGACCUGCAGCCUGACCUUCACUGCCAAGAGUCACCUGACCCGACACCUGCUCACACACUCAGGUGAGAGAAAGCACCUGUGUGUGGUUUGUGGGAAGGCCUACAAGAGGAAGGAACACCUGAGCGGCCACAUGAGGGCGCACAGUGGCGAACGGCCGUUCAGCUGCAGAGACUGCGGCCGCAGUUAUGGUGACCGCGGACACCUGAGACGACACCAGCGCACACACACUGGAGACAGCAAACGCUAUGCCUGCGCGUUGUGUGGCCUUCGAGUGGUGUCGGCCAAUCACCUGCAGAGACACAUGCAGACGCAUGUCGAUGAGCUGCCGCACCGCUGUCCGGACUGUGGAAAACCAUUCAGACGCAAAGACAAACUGAUGGAGCACAUGAGGAUACACACCGGAGAGAAACCCUACCAGUGUGCACUGUGUGACGCCACAUUCAGGUGGAGGGCGGGGCUUAAUGCUCACCAGCAGAAUCACACAGUAGACGAAGCUCUCUGAUUGGACAAAGGGUCAGGAGGACGUUUGUCUUAUGUUUCACAGACUUUUCUGUGUCACCUACAGAUCAUCUGAUGUGAUCCCUUCAGGGCUAAAUGAUGCCUCAUAAUAUUCCUCAUAAAGUUGGGUCAUUUUCUGGUUUUUAUGGUCCAAUCUGAACCUGUCAGGUGUUGGAGCUUUUGAUUCAUCUUCACUGACACUUGUCAUUAUGACAGGUUGCGUCAAAUUCAGAAGCUUCCUAAGUUAGCAAUCUGUGCUAACAGCAUCAUGGCACUAAAGUUAACUUUUAAUGUAAUGUUACUGUAAUGAGCAACAUGACAUUGUGAUAAAUAUAUUAUAUUUAUUGCAAACAAACAAAGCUGCUAAAACUGUGAGCAGUUUACUGCUAAGUUGAGACAGUGGCAUGAAAGGGAUCACAUUUCAGUAGAGAGAUGAGCACAAUAAGCCUUCAGAGAAAGUUCAAGUGUUUGUUGUGAUGAGAGCAGACAUGACAGUCUAAACAUUCACCAGUAUGGAACCAUUUCAAUGGCCUGGAGUCACUGCACUUUAAUUCAGACAUGUUAAAAACAAAAACUUGAGGAACUGAAUUAAUUGCACCAGCUUCCUAACCCUGCAUUUGAUAAUCUGGUAAAAAAAGUGAAAAUGUUGGCUUUAGAAUUUAGAAUAAAUUCAACAUUAAAAAAAAAAAAAAACUUAGUUGAAAUGCCUUUCUGUGUUGUUGGGUUUUUUUUUUUAACUUAAGUGUAAAACCUGUUGGAGUCUUUGGUUUGAACAUGUUUACUCAUGUCAAGGCUAAAAUAAUAAACAUAGUUCAAGCAGUUUCAUUCCUGCAUUUACUGUCCUGCCUUGUAUACAGUUAAUGUGAUAAAAUUAAGUAGAUAAGAAUAUUUUGCUCACAUCUAAUAUUGUCUUAUGGUUCAGUUAAGUGGAUUGUUUAAUGUAAUUAACAUUUUCUGUCAAUAGUUGGACAUGGCCAAUAAUUGCAUCAAAGAUGUAACCAAAAUAGUCAACUUCCCAUUGGAUUUAGAGUAUUGCUUCAAGAGAAUUUUUUUGUUACUAUCUUAGUAUUACUGUAUCUGGUGUAUAGUAAUACCCGGAAUUCCAUUUGUUCGCCUGUCCAAGAUUUUUGUCCAACUGAUUUCUUGAAGACUAUUCACCUUCUUUUCAUAUUCAACACACAUUUUCUUUACCACUAAGAGUGGUGCUUUGCAAAGUUUAAUGGCUGAAUAAAAUUAUUAUUAUUAUUUUUUUUUUUUUCUUAUACAAGUUUUUUUGAAAUAUUUGAACAUGGAAAUUUUCUCAAAGACUUACAAUAUUCCCAAGAUUUCUCUAAGACUCUUCACAAAAUUUGGCAGACAAAGUGAAAAUCAGAUUUAAAUCUAAGACUUGGGCAGAAUAAUGUUUAUCUUUGUUUGACUGAACUACCCAAAAGGGACAGUAAUUUAGUUUAAUGUAGUUUACCAUUACCUUUUAAUUAAAAUUUCAAAAUUAAUCCCUGACUUUUCACUUUUUUUUUUUUUUUUUUUUUUGUGCUUCUGUUCAUGAUCCUUGUCUACUAAAUUUGAUGCAUGUAGGUUAAAGCCACACAAUCCAGUUAUAAUUGCAUUGUCAUCUGGUACAAUAAUCAUUGAUUUGGGUGGGACAAGAUAAAUUCAGCUCCUUCCUUCUCCAUUUUCACAAAAUACACACAAAAUAUUAAUUGAAAUAAUCAUAAUUUUUUUCCUGUCAUUUUUGUUUGGUCUUUGCCCGUUGCUUUCUGUAUUCUUUUGGAGUCUUUGGAGUUUUUACCCCUUGGCCAACUUCAGGCUGAAGGGGUAUUGUAAUCGUUUUUUCUGUCUGUAUAUCUGUCCGUCCGUCUGUCCAUUCAACAACAUAAGUGCAUUCUCUGAAGAAUGCAUUGAGAUAUCUGCACCAAAUUUAUACUGUGGAUCUAUCUUGGCAUGGAGCAGAAGUCUAUUGAAAACAAGUCACCUUGGCCUACUUUUUCAAAGUCUAAUUUCCUUGUGCAGUUAUAAUAUCUGCGUACUUUCAAGUAUAAAUAUGUACGUAAUAAGUUUUACACAACAAUCUAAUCUAAAUUAUAGGGCAGUAACUUUCAACAGAAGCUUACACUACAUUUGGCCGAGGGGGAUUAACAGUGCACAGCACGUUAAGUUAUUUUUUUCUUCUCAUUUACUUCAUUUUUGUUCUUUCUUGAAUUCAAAAUAAAGUUCAUCAUUUCUAAAGGCUGAGGGUUAAAGGUCCAGAUUUGGGAGGAUUCAUAGUGAUCAAACUGUAGAAAAAAAAAAAAAACAACCUCUGGAGACAAUUUGGUUUCAGUGUGAAUUCAAGUUAUAUUUUUAUGCAAAGUUCUACGUUUUCAACAAGUUAAAAAUGUGAUUAAAUUUUCACCAAAACUGAAAUGCUUAUAAGAUCCGGGGGUCUGGUAUCAAAAUCUGAGAUGGAAAAAGUAUCAAUCUAUAGCUGUGAGAUCACAAAGUCUUCAGACAACUUUAAUAACUGAUUUGUUGUAUCUGUUUAUGAAACAUGAUGAGUCAGAUUAAACUGGACUCAACUUGUCAUCAGGUGGAGCGUCAUUAAAUGCAUUUAAAACUAA